ACGGUGCGGGCGCGGCGCGGCCUCACGUGACGGGCGCCGCCGGCCGAAGGGUCUCCUUCCUGCCGCGGGCGCCGCAGCGGCCGGGCUUCUGGACCCCGGGACCCUCCCCCGCCCUCACGCCGGCCCCCGGCCCGCCCGCGGCCCAACCGCCCUCGACCCGCUCGGCUCCGGCCUCGGCAGCCCUCGCCCCCAUGGCGGCCCUCGGCGGCGCCCGGCGGCGGCCUCUGUUCCUGCUGCUGCUUGCAGGCCUCCUACAUGGCACGGCGGCCACGUUUGUGGUGACGGACGGCAAUGGGACGGCUUGCAUCAUGGCCAACUUCUCUGCUGCCUUCGUGACCAGCUAUGAUACCAGGAACGGUCCUACGAAUGUGACCUUCGACCUACCACCUGAUGCAGCAGUGUUAAACAGCAGCAGCUCCUGUGGUAAAGAGAACGCGUCUGCCCCCAGUCUCGUGAUUGCUUUUGGAAGAGGACAUAGACUGACCCUCAAUUUCACAAGAAAUGCAACCCGUUAUAGUGUUCAGCUGAUGGGUUUUAUUUAUAACUUAUCUGACACACAGAUUUUCCCCAACGCAAGCUCCAAGGAAAUCAAGACUGUGGAAUCUGCCACUGACAUCAGGGCAGACAUAAAUAAAAAAUACAGAUGUGUGAGCAACAACCAGAUCCACAUGCGCAACGUCACUGUCACGCUCCAUGAUGCCACCAUCCAGGCGUACCUUGCCAGCAGUAGCUUUAGCAAGGAAGAGACGCGCUGUGAGCAAGAUGGGCCUUUCCCGACGACCGCACCGCCACCGCCUCCCCGCCCUUCACCAUCCCCCACGCCAGAGAGCCCCUCCGUGCACAAGUACAACGUGAGCGGCGCCAACGGGACCUGCCUGCUGGCCAGCAUGGGGCUACAGCUGAACGUCACCUACACCAAGAGGGACAACACGACCGUCAGCGGACUGUUCAGCAUCGACCCAAGCAACACAAGCGCCACGGGGAGCUGUGGCGCCCAGCUGGUGACCCUGGAUCUCCGGAGCAGCCGCAUCCACUCCUUGCUCUUCCAGUUUGGAAUGGACCCAAAUACUAGCCAGUUUUUCCUGCAAGGAAUCCAGUUGAAUAUGACUGUCCCUGACGCCAGAGACCCCACCUUCCAGGCGGACAACAGCUCUUUGAGGGCACUGCAGGCCACCAUCGGGAAUUCAUACAAGUGUAACGCCGAGGAGCGCGUGGAGGUCACGGAGGCCUUUUCUGUCAAUAUAUUCAAAGUGUGGGUCCAGGCUUUCCAGGUGCAAGGUGACAAGUUUGGGUCUGUGGAGGAGUGCCAGCUGGAUGAGAACAGCAUGCUGAUCCCCAUUGCCGUGGGCGGCGCCCUGGCGGGGCUGGUCCUCAUCGUCCUCAUUGCCUACCUCAUCGGCAGGAAGAGGAGCCACGCAGGCUACCAGACGAUCUAGCAGGGCCGCGACAGCUCGGGCCGGCCGCCACCUCCAGGCCUCCGCUCGUCCCCUGAGCUUAGGUUGGCGUGGAGGGCGGCACGCUUUCUUGCAAACUGAUUUUCAAAUCUGCUUUAUCCGAUGUGAAGUUCAUCUUGCAACAUUUACUAUGCACAAGAGUAUUGAAAUGACGGUGUUAAUUUUGCUAACUGGGUUAAAUAUUUUGCUAAUGGUUAAAACGUUAAUAUUUACCAAAGUAGAACUUUCAGGUGGGAGGGAGGAGUGCUUCCCUACAUGGGCACUGGCUCCACUAUUACUUGGCUCUUUAAGAUUCUGCUGUUGGCUUCUUCGUUCCUGACUGAGGUUGAAGCCUCGCCAAGGUGGGGUGCUCCCUGGUCUUAGGGCUGAGGAGGGCUGGCUACUUGUUAGGCUUGUGCUUCAGAAGAUCUAGAAACAGAAGUACUCCAAAAGGUGAAAAUCUGGAACGCUUAAAUGAAGCUUUAGAAGCCAGGACGGGCCCGGCCCCCGCGGCGCACAGCUCGGUACUAGGGCACCGGCGCCCCUGCGGCAUCGGGCCCUUCUGUCCUCUCCGCGCUCUGCCACUCAAGAGCUGGCACUUUUUUAAAAUAGAUAAAUGGGUGUUAUUUUUAUUUACCUUUUUGUAAAGUGACUUUCAGUCUUCUGUUUGAGGUUCGGGGUGAUCCUGUUCUGCACUCGUGUAAAUACUGGGUGUCACGCUCUGCGCUACCCGCUUGCCACUCGGGUGGCUGUGCACGGACGACCCUUCACGUCACGCGUUGCUGUAACAAAUGCUAAUAAAACAUCUCUUUCUUUCUC